AUGGCAUCCGUUGCAAAUCACCUUCGACCUGUUUUGCUUGACAUUGAAAUUAAUACAUCUCUCAAAGAUGUAAAACCAUAUGGUGAUAUUUCUUCUCAAAGUUAUUUUAUGGAAGAAAAGGAAAUUUUAUUCAUGGUUGGAUCAAUAUUCAAAAUCCAAAGUGUUGUUGAACCCGAAUCAGAUGGUAUGUGGACGAUAAAACUGUUAUUGUGCAGUGAGAACGAUACUGAAUUAAAAGAACUUGCAUCGUAUCUUCAAACGGAUAUGUUAAAAUAUAAUCCUGAUCUAACUUCACUUGGAAAUAUGCUACGAGAAAUGUGUGAAUAUGAAAAAGCGACAAAAUGUUUUCAGCGUCAUUUGAAUCAGUUAGAUGAUAAGAAUUCUUCUGAAGCUGCAUGUUGCUAUACGAGUCUGGGAGAUGUUGCUCGAGCCAUAGGUGAUUAUGACUUGUCUAUAACGUACCAUAAAAAAGCAUUAGAAAUUCAUUCCCAUAUACCAAACAGUGAUCAAUUGAUAUCUAUUGCUUAUAAUAAACUAGGUGCCGCUUUUCGUCAGAAAAAACAAUAUGAAGAAGCAUUGGAAGUUUAUCAAAAAUCUCUGGAAAUCGAACAAAGUACACUUAAUCGAAAUCCCGAAAGUGAAGGAAUAGCAACGACUUACUAUAAUAUGGGCAUUUUUUGUCACUAA